GUCAGCAGUUUUUGUCUGAUGAACUGCGCACUGUGUUGGUCAACGUUAGAUACAUUUAAUCGCGCGACGUUUCAAAGAACACCUUGUUUGGAUUUGCAGCAGCUAAGCUAACGUUAGCAACUAAGCUACCUCAGCUUCUCUGUGGAGCAUAACACGCGUGCCGGGGAGCUGGAAAAUUAAAGACAGGCGUUGUUGAGAAGUAAAUUCAUAAGAGCAUGGAUGAAGAGUGGGCUGGUAACCACUGCACUGAAACAGAUUCAGAUACAGCAGAUAAGAAGGAUGGUACCAAAGUCAAAUGGACAAAGGAAGAAGAUAAAAAUCUGAUGAUCCUGAUAAAAAGCUUUGGAAAAAAAGACUGGAAAACCAUUGCUAGCUUUUUACCUGGACGGACAGAAGUCCAGUGUAUGCAACGAUGGAAAAAAAAUCUGGAUUCUGGUCUAAUCAAAGGCUUCUGGACCAAAGAGGAAGAUGAAAAGAUAAUAGAACUGGUGGGAAAGUAUGGCACUAAACACUGGACUUUAAUAGCCAGACACUUUAAAGGGCGGUUGGGCAAACAAUGUCGUGAACGCUGGCACAACCACCUCAACCCACAGGUCAAAAAAUGCUCCUGGACAAGCGAAGAAGACCUCAUCAUCUACAAAGCCCAUUCCAUUUUGGGAAACCGUUGGAGUGAAAUUGCCAGGUUGCUCCCUGGAAGGACGGACAACUCUGUGAAGAAUCACUGGAAUUGUACCAUCAAACGUAAAGCAGAAAUGGGCCUGUUUAAAGAUGAGGCUAACAAAGUGUCUCUUGAUAUUCAACAGUUUGUGGAAGAUGAGAUGGAGUUCAAGUGUGAUGUAGUAUUAGACACUGAACCAGUACUGCCUGAAGCGAAACUGCCAGAGAAGGAGAAAAAAGAAAAGGAGCAUCAAAAACCAAAGCAGCUCACAGUCAUUCCACCUUCACCGACUUUGGCAUCCACCACUGAGCGCUCCUCUCACAGCCCCUCUUUGCCCCCCAGUUCUAGUUCUAGUCCUACUUCCAGCUCGGGAGCACUACCAGCAGCUGCUCCGGUGGACCAGAAAACAUUUGCUGAUGCAGCCCUGAGGAUGAUCUCUGAAGACAUGCUUCCACUCAGUUUUGUUGAAAGUGCUGGCUUCCGGUUAUUUAUGAACACCAUCAACCCUGAUUAUAACAAGUUAUCCCAGCGAGCUAUGGGCCUGCAGCUGUAUGAUGAGGUGGAGAGAAGCAUCAAGCCUCAGCUCAUUCGUGAUCUUAAAGCCUGUCUGGCCAAGAGCAAAGAUAACGCCAUUCAUAUCACCUAUGACCUCUGGGCAGGGGAUCAGUCUCGAUCAGCAGAAGAGCCAGUGGUUGUUGUGCAGCUUCAUUAUGUGAGUGCGUCCUGGAAGAUCUGCAGACCCAUUGUGGCUUUUCGUCACCUGAGCCACAAAAACCUAAAGUCUGCUGUUGCCAGUGAGCUUGAGGGUGUGCUGCUGAGCUAUGGCAUAUUUCCACACAGCAUUGGCUAUGUCCUCCCCAACCAGGCUAAAGAAGCCCUGACUGGGAACACCUUGUUCUGCGACUACAAAAUAAUGUGCACUUCCAACAAAGGAGAACCAGAUGGAGAUGAGAUAGUGGCAUUUUUGUCAGACCAGAUGUCUGAAACGGAGCUCCCCUUUUCAGAGCUGCAGGUCGGAACGAGAAUGACCUGUGUAGCAAAAACGCUGCAGCUGGUGAUCAGAGAGGCAUUAAAGAAUUCCCGGGUGGUGGAAAACCUGCUGUCACAACUCCAUAAUGUGAUUGCUUUCUUUAGGAGCAGCGCUUACUGGAGUGAGGUUUUGUUAAAGGAGAGCAGAGUGCACCUUUUUCCUUCCUCUCAUUGCCGCUGGAACUCUAUGAUGGUGGUUUUGCGCCGUAUGGCGAAGGAGUCUUCCUGGAGUGCCAUUAUGACUGUGUUGGCCCAGGCUCGUAUUGAGGCUAGAGAUGCAGCCAGUGCCCCACCUCUUGUCAUGGUCAAACGGGAGCAAGUGGUUAAUAUCCUCAGUCUUCUUGAACCUUUUGAGCAGGCCCUGCAGGUCUUACAAGCAAAUGGUGUGACCAUCUCGAUCGUCAUCCCCUCCCUCCUGGAGCUUGAUAAGACCUUGGAGAACCGUGUCACCAACUACACUCACUUCAACAAGGCCCUACGCACAGGCCUCCACACACACCUUCAGUCUGUAAUUGAGCAGAAGGACAUGAUAUUGGCUGCAGUGCUAAAUCCAAGGCUUAAACUGAAGCCAUUUUCUGAUGAAAAACCAAAGAACCAAACAGGUUUCCUGACACCUCCAACAAAGCAUGAAGCUCGCACUAUUGUGGAGUCCACAAUAGGAGGGAUGACAGCCUCAGCAGUCACCCCUAAAAAUAGUAGUGCAUCUACAUCCACAGAUGCAGAAAAGGAACAGGCAAGUGAGGAAGUGAAAAAAGAGCAAGAUAAACGAAAUAAUGAGGGGCUGAAUCAAACUGACACACAAAUGGAGGCAGCUGAUGAUGACUCUAAAACAAACAGUGAUGGAGAAGGUGGAAAUGAUCUUAAGCGCAAGUCCAUCUGUGACUCCCUGCAGCCACCUGCCAAAUCCAUGAUGGUGUCAGAGCUUGAUGAUUACCUGUCAGAACCAAGGUGGCCUUACUCUUCAAUUGAGUUGUACUGGAAAUCUGCUUCGCGAUUCCCUAAGCUCCAGAGCACUGCCAAGGAAUUGCUGGCAGUGCCAGCCACCUCUGGGGGCUUCGAUCGCCUCUGUCCGAUGGCAGCAUGUAUAGUUAAAGCCAAGAGGAACCACUUGCUGCCACACACGACCGAAAGACUUCUUCUAUAUAAGAACUCAAAGACUGUCCAGAAGCCCUGUAGCUCCACUAAACACUGAUGGGGUUGAUUACUUCACCAUCAGGCUCACCAUUAAAAUUGGCAUGCUUUCUGCCUUUAUAAUGGGGUUAAAACAUUCUACUUCUACACAAAAUGACCUCAAUUUUUUUGAAUGUAUAUGAAUUUGUCCUCAUUUUAGCAAUGCAGUAGUAGGAAGCAACAGAGAAAUGUUACCUGACACAGUUCAAACAUAAAUAACUUCUCUUUGUAUAUGUUUUUUACAAUGUUGUUUUAUUUGGUCAGCGAGUCAUUGGAAGUGCAUUAAAUAACAUAUUGAAAACGCA